GUCGUUUAAAUACUAAAUAUCCACUACUGAAUGGGAAGCAAAUCGGUUAUCGACAUAACUGGUCAUUACUGUAUUAAUGACAAUGUUUGUACCUCCCGCGCGCGCUCAGAAAUCAGAAAAACCCACAGCGCGCGAGUUACGAAUUAAAUCUAUUAAAUCUUAAUUUGCUGUUCCAGACAGUGCACCAAUGUGAUUCUUAUUAGUGAGUCAGUUAAAAAGAUGGAUUUGGAUAUGCGACAGUUGUCAAUGAAUCUUCAAACUAUUCUUGAUGAAUUGCAUAAGUUUAAGAGUACACAAGAGGCCAGCAUUCAGUUUGUGGAGGUAUCAUAUAGUGAAAAACUGCAAGAAAUCCGAGACCUGCGAACGAAAUUAAAUGCUUCUUUGGAUGCACUAGAAAAUGCAACCUUGAACGAACUGGAUACAAUAAGGACCAAACUGCAAACAUCUCUCAAUAAAGAUGUGGACAACUGCAACAAACUGAAGGACGAACUGAAACACCUCCAUAAAGCUGUCAAUGCUCUUUGUGAUAAGAGAAAGACAAAAUUUAUGGUCAUAGCCAGCAAAAAAAGUGAGAACAAAAUACUAGAAUGUGAAACAUUUCUUAAAGAGAACAUUGUGAAGUCUCAGAGUUCAAUAAUAUUUAAGGCAAACAUUGACAUUGAGCAGUACCUCUGUCAACAAUUUAGUCUAGGGAGGAUUAUAGACAGUAUGCGGUCUCUCGCACUCGAGAUAAAUUCAAACAAGGUGUUGACUUUGAAGACAAAAAGUGAGAAUAUUGUAAGAAGCGACACACGUCAAUAUCGUAUGAGAAUAUCGAGUGAUACAAGUUUCUGCCGCAUCAGUGGCAUUAGCAGCCUACCUAGUGGUCAUGUAGUUGUUGCAGAUCAAUAUAACGGCAAAUUGAAGCUGUUGGACAAGCAUUACAAUGUGUCAAGCCACUGUAAUUUGUCUGCUGCUCCAAUUGACAUUUGCCAAAUCACAUCCAGUGAGGUGGCUGUAAUUGUUAAAAUUUGCGAAUCUUAUGAAACGUCUGCAAUUGAUCCCGGUAAUUAUGGUGUGCAGUUCAUCUCUGUGAGCAAUGGGCAACUGGUAAAUGGGAGGAAGUUCCAGUUACCACAUGGUGCUGUUGGCAUUGCCCACCAUCAGGGAGCGUUGUAUGUCACUUCUGGCACUGCUCUGUACCACUACACUCUGGAUGGAUCACUUAUGAAAAGCCUGUAUGAUUCUGAAACAGAUUGUGCAGUGUUUAAAUGUGCAGUGAGUCCUGCUGGGGACAGGAUCUAUGUCACCGACUGCCCGCACAACAAGCUCGUCACUCUGGCUACAGAUGGCACCCUGAUAUCCACAUUCACAGACCCUGAUCUAAUAUACCCGUAUGGAGUACAUGUGACACCUGCAGGACAAGUGCUAGUCGUUGCACGUUACCACCUUUCUCCAAGUAUCAUACAGGUCGAUCAUGAGGGAAGAAAAAAGCUCUCAACCUGGCCUUUAAACAAACAUACAGAGAGCGGCCCAUUGUCUAUCUGUUGCAACUCCAACAUGCACCAGAUAAUUGUGGGAUUCGAUGGUAACACAAUUACUGUUAUGGAAUUACAAUAGUUCUUCCAGCUUUGAAAAACAUUGAUGCUAACACAGCUAUAAAUGAUAUUUACUUUAUUUCUUUGUCAGGAAAAAACAACAUAUUCAUACAGUUUUUAAUUAACAGUUAAUUAACCUUUAUUCUUAUAAUAAGUUGUUUUUAUUCAUUUAAGAGUGUAAUAUAAUAAAUUAAUAUGUUUAAUGUUAUAUAUUCAAUGUUGAUGUAAAUCAGUUCCUAUUUCCUUCAUUGUAAAAAUAAAUUAGUUUUUACCAACUACCAAUUAAAUUGCUCUUAAUCAAAAGCAUUUUUGGGGUAUUUUUCCAGGAUUAAUAAUGUCAUUGGCCUUUGUGUUAUCAAAUAAGAUCGAUUGGAAACGUUUUAAUAAUGUGUCAUUUACAAGUUAAACUACCGUAUGUGUUAUCCACUAUAAUUUCAUAAAAAAAAGAUUCGGCUAUAAUUGCCAUGAAUCCUGGGUCGGCAAUGGCUAACAAACACAUGCUUGGUAUGAUUUGUAGUUUAUUGCGUAACAAAUGAUACAAAACAAAUCUUAUAAUUCAUAUACGGUUAUACAUGUACUGUUAGAAUAUUUAUGAAUUAUUUCGGUGUAUUUAUAAUUCAAUAUGUAUAUAUUCGGAUAAAUAUUUGUAAUUGUGUUUUAAUUAUGUUUGAAAGAUAAUAUGUUUAUUUCAUGUAUCCUUUUUAAUGAAAAUUGUGGUAUUUGAAAUAUGUGAUAUUUUUGUAUGUGUGCAUUUGGUAGUGCAUUGGAGUCAGCAAAAUAGUGGAGUAAAUUUAAAUAAUCUACAAAGUUUACCAUCACAAAUUCCAACUGUAACAUCUUUGAAAAGACACAGCACGCAAAACAUUUCAGAUGCAAACUUAAACAACCUCUCAUACCCCAAGAAAUGCAAUACACUAAAUGGUCUAAACGAAAAAAUAUCUUGCCUUACAUUGAACUGUCAUUCUGUUGUCAGAAACAAAGAUGUUUUGAUUGGUCAAUAUCUGAGAGAAGAAAAAAUCGACUUUGCCGUAUUCACAGAAACCUGGUUCUCAGAUGAAAAGCAACAUCAAAUAGAUACCUCAGACUUAAAUCAAAAUGGUUAUACAAUGAGUACUGUAAAUCGUUCAAAUAGAACAGGCGGCGGAGUGGCUUUAACUUGUCGGACUGGGGUUACUGUACGAAAAGUGUCAAGUAGUAAUACCCGGACAUUUGAACAUGGUAUAUGGCAACUUAUUCUCAAAAGCAUUACAAUUAAUGUAAUUGGCGUUUACAGACCACAAUCAUUAGGGACUGAACAUCAAUUUUAACAGAAUUUUUCGAAUUCAUGGAGGACAUUGUUCUCAACUAUUCAAAUCUUAUGAUUCUAGGAGAUUUCAACUUGCAUGUCAACAAAACUAACAGUGUUGUGACUGAAUUUAAGAAUUCUCUUGCAGCAAUGGGUUUGGAACAACAUGUUAAUUUCAGCACACACACAGAGGGAAAUACACUCGACCUAGUAAUCUCUGAGGCUACAAACGGUAUUGCAAUCAAUUCGUGUAAACCAGGUCCUUUCUUUUCGGACCAUUGUGUAGUUGAAGUCGUUACCAAAGUACAAAAAGAAAAUAUCAAGAGUCAAACAAUAAAAUUUCGAAAUUUUAAAAACAUAGACCACUCAGCAUUUACUAACAACCUCAAUGAAAUGUCAAUUACAGCAGACAAAGUAGAUACUUUUGUAGAGCAAUUUGAAGAUGAAAUCUGUAGAAUUCUUGAUAAACACGCUCCAUACAUUGAGAAAAAAAAUCUGUCGUGCACCAAAACCAUGGUUUAAUGAAAACAUUCUUGAACUAAAACGUAAAACACGCAAACUGGAACGAAUGUGGAGAAAAUACAAACAACCAGACCAAUAUGAACUUUUAAAAAAUGCAAGAAAUAAAUACACUUUCGAGUUGAAUGCAGAGAAGAAACGAUCGCUUAGUCAAAAAGUAAUUGAUUUUCACGGAGAUUCUAAAAAACUCUACAAGUUUUUAUCAGAAUUAACAGGAAAAAAUACUGAUAACCCUAUGCCGGAAGGUGCAAGCGACACCGAUAUAGCUGAAAAUUUUGCCGAUCACUUCCUGGAUAAAAUUAACAAAAUUCGAGAUGCCCAUGCAAUUUUCGAAAAAUUCACACCCGAUCACAAGGAAGUACCAUGUUUCGGUAUGUUUGAGGAUCUAACCAAAGAUGAAGUGAAAAAGAUCAUCAAUCAUCUUCAAACAAAAUCAUGCGAACUAGAUGCAUUGCCAACAAGAGUACUAAAAUCAUUUUUAAACGAGUUACUACCGUUCGUGACAAAAUUGCUUAAUCUCUCUCUCUGAGUCAAGGAGUUUUUCCUUCAAAAUUUAAACAGGCAAUAGUAAGACCACUUCUUAAGAAAAUUGGACUAGACCUGAGUUAUGCCAACUAUAGACCAGUGAGCAACUUAUCAUUUCUAUCGAAAGUGAUUGAAAAGGCUGCUCUGUUUAGACUCAAUAUACACGUAAAUGAAAACAAUCUCCUUCCAAAAAAUCAGUCAGCCUACAGACAAUUCCAUUCUUGUGAAUCUGCUCUACUUAGACUAGUCAAUGAUAUACUCGAAGGUAUGGAGGAACAAGAGGUUACAGCACUUAUCGCCAUUGAUUUGAGUGCUGCCUUCGAUACAAUUGAUCAUGACAUUCUACUAGAAGUGUUGCAAAAACAAUACGGUGCAUGUGGCACGGCACUUAACUGGAUAGACUCGUAUCUUCGUCCAAGAAGCUGUCGCAUAAGUGUUAAUUCAGCUUUAUCGGCGGCACGUUCUUUGGAGUGUAGUGUCCCCCAGGGUAGUUGUCUUGGUCCAUGGUUCUACCUGACGUACGCUGGAACACUGUUUGAUGUCGUUCCUCCCUCCAUCACAGUCUACGGUUUUGCAGACGACCACACCGCAAACAAGCGAUUCAAACCUACAUCUUCUUCUGUUGAAAGAACUGUCAUUCAAGAACUUGAAAUUUGUGCACUCGUUAUUAACAACUGGAUGAACGAGAAUAAACUGAAAAUGAACGCAUCAAAAACGGAAUUCAUCAUGUUCGGUAGUAGACCCCAAUUAAAUAAAUGUCAAUCUAAAGAAAUAUAUAUUGCUGGUGACACUGUUAAAGCUGAAAAAUGCAUACGGUAUUUGGGUGCAUAUUUAGACGAAACACUAAAUUUUAAAGAACACGUCAAAAUUAAGUGCCGUACAGCCAUGUACAACGACCUUAAAAUCAAAAACAUAAGGAAAUACUUAACAAAAGAAGCAACAGAAAUACUCGUUUUGUCUUUGGUAAUAUCCCAUCUGGAUUAUUGUAAUCUCAUCUUGUAUGGAACAGCUCAAUGCGAAAUAAACAAAAUGCAACGUAUCCAAAACAUGUGUGCCAAAUUGGUACUCGGCCGACAGAAAUAUGAUAGUUCAAAAGAUGCCUUGUAUGAACUACACUGGCUACCAGUAAAGGCUAGGAUAACAUUCAAAUUACUGAACUUCAUGUAUAAUUGUUCUGUUGGUAACGCGCCAAAAUACCUUACAGAACUUUUAAAAGAAAAAGUACCAGCACGUGACCUACGAUCUACCGUCUCGUAUGACGGAUGUUAUGAUGUGAAACGCACAAAGAGAAAAACUUUCAUGGACAGGAGUUUCGGAGUUGAUGGUCCGAAACUGUGGAAUGACCUUCCAUCAAGCAUCCGGACAUCCGCAUCAAUAAACAUUUUCAAAAGGAAUUUGAAAACAUUUCUCUUCAGAGACUUUUACACCCUAUUUUAAUUUGAAUACCUGUGAUUUAAAAAAAUAAUCGAGACUCAGUUGUACAGGCUUAUUUGUCACUAGGACUCAUAGGACCAAGCAAUUAAAGAAUUGUGCGGGCUUCUUUGCUCGAAAAGGACAUUUAUUGUACAAGUGACUGGUAAUCAAGAAUCAUUAGGGCUUCUUUGCUCAAUGAUUGAAUUACAUAAACCAGCUGUCUUUUAGUCAUGCUUAGGCCUUCUAGUUGUGUCUUAUAGUCACACUUUAAUUUUAACCUUCAAGAUGUGUUUUGUAGUCACACUUGGUCAGCCUAUUUGUGACUUGUAGUCACGAUAGUUCAAAUAAGGUUAAAACCCAAAAGAAGUGUCCUUAAGUAUGGCAGGUGACCGGUAGCUGCGGGAUCCAACAGCCAGAGUGCAGAAAUAUCCUUUUACGUAUCCUUUUAGUUAAUGAAAAACACUGUCUUUAUGUUGCCAAAUAUUUGCUCAUAUUAUCAUUAUAAUUAUUGUCUUAACUCUAGUUAUAUCAAUUUAUUACAUAAUAUUUUACUUUUACUGUGUUUUAAUAGUGUAGCCGGUAUUGUUUUAUUGCUUAAGUUCCUUACAGCAUUAUUAUUUAUAUCACACAUUUUUAGAUCAUUAAUCCUUUAAUUAAUGCUGCAUAAUAUUAUCAAUACCUAUUAUUUUUUUAUCAAUUUAAUGUACAUAUAUAUGUUUUGUACAACGCCAUUGAAUAUAAUUAUAUAAAUAGGCGUUUCAUCAAAUCAGCAAGUUUCAAGUUUUGCAUACCGCAAAACUUAUGUUUUGAAAUGAAAUACUCUGACAUUCACAUGUUUUUCUAUAUCGUUAGUGUGGUCAAAAUAAAGCCGAGUGACGUUUAUUUGACCACUUAAUUAAGUAACAUAACUCUUGUGGAUCUGAUGUUUUGCAGAAAUAUUCACUAAUUGCUGUGUUUUGCCAUUAUUCGUUUAUAGAUAUAAGGACUAUGAAUCAGACAAGAUGGAAGAUAUUUAAAUUAAAGUUCCAUAUGAAAUCAGAAAACAAUUAGUUUAUUACUAGUCAAACAAGGGUUUAUCAGUUUCUGUUGUUUUAUAGGCUUGUUAUUUAACUUCAGUACCUAACAAGCUAUUGUCUUGGCCUCCACCUUUGUUCUCAACAACAAUGUAUUGGGUAGAUUUUAAUAUUUUUUCACAUGUUUGUCCCCUGAAAAGUCAUUGCUGGCGCUUGUGUAAAGCUCGAUAUAGUAGUCUUAAUGGUUGAUUGUAUGUAUGCGUCCGGCUUGUUUUUUCAUCCCACGGGCAAUUUCUUAACAAGUCACCACUAAUGUUCACCAUCGUAUACAAUAUGUCACGUGUAACACCCAUGUCCCUACCUAGAAAGUUAAGAUUACACUUGGACGUUAAAUAUGUUUUCAUAUAAAAUCUUAAACGGACUAUAAUUUUAUCAUCAUAUAAUUGCAAAUUUUAUUUACUGGGGGUAGCCAUGGACACAGAAAAAGUUGUUUAAUAUUGUAAUCUGAUACCACUGGCUAGAUACCUCAAUUGAUUUCACAUUGUUAUGCCCCCCC